ACUCCCUGCCGCCGGCGGUGACAGCUCCAGGCACGUGAUCCGGAGGCCUUGCCGGGGUCACAGUCCGGCGCUCGGUGCUCGGGCGCUCCGGCCUGGCUGAUGUUGUGUGCUCGGCGGUCGAUUGGUGAGGUCUGGGAAAAUGGCCUCCUCGGAUCGGGUUGAGCCGCCUGUCCAGAGCGGUCCCUCGGUGAAUAAUGAAAAGAGGGUUCCCCGGGAGCAAUUGAUUGCUACUGCGGUGAAAUUUCUGCAGAACUCCCGAGUACGCCAGAGCCCUGUCGCCACCCGGAAGGACUUUCUGAAGAGGAAAGGGUUAACCGAUGAGGAGAUUGAGUUGGCGCUACAGCAGUCAGGCACUGCCCACAAUGACCCACCAGCUUUGGGUGCCCCUGGUCUACCCCUCCCAGGGCCACCUCAUCAGCUGGCAGUCCAGCCAUACAGUCCCCCUGGCUCACGCUGGAGAGAAUAUGGAGCCAUAGCAGUUAUUUUAGCUGGGAUUGCAUUUGGCUUCCACCAGUUGUACAAGAGAUACCUGCUUCCGCUAAUCAUCGGCAGCAAGGAGAACCGCAAGCAGCUGCAGCGGAUCGAGUCCAGCGUCUCGGAGAUGAGUGGCAGCGUCACGCAGACAGUAACCCAACUCCAGACCACACUGGCCGCUGUGCAAGAGCUGCUUUUACAACACCAACAGAAGAUCCAGGAACUUACCCAGGAGCUUUCCGCUGCUAAGGCCUUCAAUUCAUCUAACACUAUUCUGGAAUCUCAGAACAUCCAGGAGUUAAAGUCUGAAAUCUACUCUCUGAAAGGGUUGCUGCUGAACAGGAGGCAAUUCCCGCCAUCUCCAUCUACACCUAAGAUUCCGGCUUGGCAAAUGCCCAUGAAACCUCCCAAUUUACCCAACCAGGCUACGGUUAACCACAACAGCAGCAGUGACAUUUCCCCCGUCAGCAAUGAGUCUGGCUCCUCUUCUCCCGUCAAGGAAAACCACAGCCCCGAGGGAGCAAAAGUCAAUUCCCACCACCUGUCCACCGCCAGGGAGGAGGACCCCGAGAUCGACGUUCAGAGCCAAGUGCGCAUGGAAGUCCAAGGAGAGGAGGAGGACGAAGAAGAUGAAGAGGACGUUGGACAUGCCGACGAAGAGGAUUGCAUGGGGGUCCAAACCGAAGACCGCCGGGGAGGAGAUGGACAGAUCAAUGAGCAAGUGGAAAAGCUGCGUAGGCCAGAAGGAGCCAGCAACGAGAUGGAAUGAUUGCAUCUCCACCCCGCUACCUCCAUCUCCCUGACGUGUUCUAGGGUUCAUACCGCCAAGGAACUGUGUGAUCUAUUGUGGUACAGUUCUAUAUACAGUUAUACGAAAGCAGAUGUCUAUCGCAAGCGAGUUUUUGUAGUGCUCUUCCGCGUCGCUGUCCGUUCAGCUGUCUUCUCAUUGUGUCUGCACAGUGAUCUCUCCAUCUAUGUAAAUGACAGAUCUAUUCACUUUACCUUCCUCAAUAGAUCCCCGUAGUUCUCUUUCCGCGGUCUUCCCGCAUGCAAGGAAACGUGACAACGGAAGCCGGGAUGCGCUCUAUCCUUAUUUGUGGGGGAACACGUCCCUUUUUCCAGAGGUAGAGAUGAAAGAAGAGAAUGCUCACCCAUCAUCCAAUUUUUAAAUCACCUCUUGUAGUGUGUUUUGCACACAACCUGUAAUCACCAUUUGUCCCACUGUGAGCAGUGUGCGUGUGCCACAGACUUGUCUGAGUGUUACACAUGUUGUGCAUUGCAAUCGAAUGAGCAAAUAAAAGCUUACCAAUUAACAUAGUUAGCUACAAUGUUGAAUAA